AAUUUUAUUUUGAAACAAAUGAAGAGAUGCGGAAGAUUAACCGGAAGUUGACAAUGACGUAGCUAAGCUUUUAUUUGGGUCCUUGCUUUGCGAACUGUUAAGUCAACUCAUCUGGAUGGAGAGUUAGAUUUGGAGCUUAACCAAGUCGCUGUGUUCGAAGGGGACACUAUGGACGCCGUCGACUUUGAUUCAGACAAGAAGAAGAAGAGGAGGAGUGGAGGCACGUCAUUGCUGGACAGCGGGGAGGACUUUGAAGUUUUGGAUGAAGAUGACAGUGACGAUGAGCCCCCUCCACUGGAAGAUGCCGGGGGUGGAAAGGAAAAGAAAAAGGAAUUACAAACGUCCGUGAAGAUAGAAGGAACCGAGGCUGACCCAACAGAAGCAACGGAUGAGUGGCUGGAUGUGCUUGGUAAUGACCAACUGAAGAAAAAGGUCCUGGAGGCAGGCCAAGGCCAAGACAGUCGUCCAGAGAAAGGACAAAAUGUAAAGAUUUAUCUGAAGACAUUCCUGAAGGAUGGGACGCUAGUGGAAGAACAGCAGGAACUCUUGUUCACUCUGGGAGAUGGUGAUAUUAUCCAGGCACUAGAUCUCACAGUGCAGCUCAUGGAAAUGGGGGAGAAGGCCCUCAUCGUAACCAAUGCAAAAUAUGCAUAUGGUACAUGGGGAAGUUCUGAACCAGAGGUCCCCUCCAAUGCGGAGCUGUCCCUCGAAGUAGAACUGAAGGAAGCCACUGAUGCACCAGACCUAGAGCUGUUGCAUCCAGUGGAAAAGAUUGCCCUGGCCAGCUGUAAGAGAGAAAGAGGCAAUGUGCAUUAUCAGCGGGGUGACUACGCUUUUGCUGUCAACUCUUACAGCAUCGCCCUGCAGAUUACUGAGUCCAGCUCGAAAGUCGAUAUAAGUCCAGAGGAAGAAAGCGAGUUGGUUGAUGUGAAAGUGAAGUGUCUAAAUAACAUGGCUGCGUCUCAGCUCAAACUGGAUCACUAUGAGGCAGCAUUCAAAUCGUGUGUCUCGGCACUCUCUCACCAGCCAAAUAAUAUCAAAGCACUCUUCCGCAUGGGCAAGGUGCUGGCCCUGCAAGGCGAAUAUGCAGAAGCCAUUCAAACUCUGAAAAAGGCACUAAAGCUGGAACCAAGUAACAAGACAAUCCAUGCAGAGCUGUCCAAACUGGUGAAGAAACAUUCAGAGCAGAGAGGAGCAGAGCAGGCAAUGUACAAGAAGAUGCUGGGUAACCCUACCAACACCACCCCAAAGAAAAUCUGGGCCAAAUCGUCUUGGAGUUUCAGCUGGAAGUGGUUAUUCGGUGCCACUGCGGUCGCGAUCGGCGGCGUGGCGCUAUCGGUGGUCUUGGCUGCCAGAAACUGAAGCCAUCGAGUGAAGAAGGAGCACAUCUGGCAGCAGUGCCUUCUAACCUUUUUGGUCAUAGUCGGGGCGGACAUGUCAGUCUUGUCCCUUAACUCACCUUUUCUCUGCUGUAAUUAUGGACUGUCAUGCUCACUGGAAGCUUUAUUUAUGCAUAGCUUUGAUUUUGCCGCCUUUUUUGUCUUCAUUAUAUUAAGGCUGCACUAUUCUGGGGAAAAUUGUGCAUGAUGAUUGUCUUGCUUCGAAUUGACUUUGGAAUUGUCUUGUUCUGCUUUAAAGAAACUUCCAAAGGUCUAUCUGCCAUUCUUGAAGGACUGACAGUAAUACAUCAGUGCUCACUCACUGGACAUUCCAUUCAUGCGUGUAAUAAAGACGAGCCACAGGAAAGAAGCUGACUAUUGAUGCCAGUUAGCCUUGCUGAUGGUAUCUGCUGACAGAGAACCUUUUUGAAAUGAUUAUUUAUGCAUUGCAAUGAAAAUGAAUGAUCUACAAAUCCAGUCUAGGCAAUUAACCACCGUCACCUAAACAUCACAAACAGCCAUAAGGACAAAUGCAGCGCAACAGUCCUACCACAUGAUUGCCAUUAACUGCCAUCAACAUUGUAAACGCCACAAAAUAUCUGUAACACACAAUAACCAUCUGUUUGUGGAAUUGAACGCGUCACAGAAAGGCAGUGAAUGCCUGCUAUGUAAGGACAAUUGCAGUGGUUGCUCGACUUUAUAAGUGUGUGUAUAUGCUAUUCCAGAAAGUAAUUCCUAUUUGUUACAUGUAGUACUUGUCAUUGCCUUGAUGACAAGGGCGGAGUACAGCUACAUGAGUACAGAAAGAGACUUUAUUUAUUUUAAACAUUUCUGUCACUUAUUACCUCAGGUUUUGUCGAUUGUGACCAAAUGACCAAACUCCAAUAUAGAUGGUGUAUGUUUGAUUUAAGUUGUAUUAAUCGGAUCAUAAGCUUGUUUUGUGGCAGUAGUGCAGCCCUGCUUGAAUAAGUGUCCCCGAGGCCAAAUAGAUCUAUACAGAAGCUGUAAAAGAUAAUGCAGAUACAAUUCCCUUUGUGUGUUGAUUUUAGAUUCACCAGAAUAAAGUUUUUUCUGUCAUCACAA